AUGGACACACUCCACGGGCGACAGUAUCUGCUAAACCGACGGAAUACUGACCCUGUUGAACGUCGCCACAGUGUUCUGACGUGGAUUAACCAGAAUUACGCCGCAGAACUGUCCGGGGAGAACGAGAGGGACGAGAUUGGGGGCCAGGAUGGACGGGAUGUGUUUGCGGAGCUUGGAGUGAUUGAGAAGGCUGAGCGUAAAGCGCAUAGUGUGAAGGGUGCACAGCAAGGUAGUCCAUUCAUUGGGCAGCGUGCACCUAGCACGUCUCAGAGUAUGCUCGAUGGUCCCGAGACCAGCAAUAAUAGACGACGUGCAUCGAGCGGGCAGCUGGUACCAUUUGCCGCGCCGAUCGUUCAUAGCAAGGAGAACAUGGCAAAUGCCACCAGGCCGCGUGCACCGACCAGACAAAGUCUUUCAAUCCAUCAUCCUCCCCCAAACCACCCCCCAGUCCACGAACCCAACCACAGCCCCAGGCAUGAAAUCCAAUACGGCCACCCCCACUACACCAUCCACUGGUACAUUUUCGACUCGAGCACGCGUAUUACGAUGAUCCGCUGGCGAGACCCAGAGCUGAUUGACUGGGACGGCGAGCCUGUGGACGCGCUGGACGCUGAGUUUCGACGGCAGCGGCGCGAGCAGCCACGUGUUGUGCCUCUUUAUGGUUUCGUCCGCUGCAGGAACAAAGUUCGCCUUUAUCGCGAGAUGAUGCCGUGGGCGGUGGGCGCGGAUGUUCCGAUUCGCGAUACGACGGUUGUGCCGGCAAGUCUGACGUUGAAUCUACCGGUGCGCCGGGAUAUGGCAAUCUUUUCUCGGUGGUGGGAGUCGGUUUCGAUGGUUCAUUUGGAGGAGCUGCCGCCAUAUCAGCAGCAGGAGCAGGGAAACGAGGAGAAAGAAGAGGAGAGAGAAGAGGGAAAGGAAGAGGAAAAGGAAGAGGAAAAGGAAGAGGGGAAGGAAGAGGGGAAGGAAGAGGGAAAGGAAGAGGGGAAGGAAGAGGAAAAGGAAGAGGAAAAGGAAGAGGAAAAGGAAGAGGAGGGGGAGAAGGAGCAGAAAGAGCAGAAACAAGAGGAGGAGCAGCCACAGCCGCAGGAGUGGCGGCGACGGCGGAGGCGACAGCAGAAGCAACAGCAGCAGCAGCAGAAAAAGCUUCUCCCUGAUGGCAGCUACACGAAUCUAAUUUACCUGAUUCCAAUGAUCCUUAACGGUAGCAGUGACUGA